UGCAGCUCUUGCCCCUCUUGCCGUGACAUGACGCCAUGAAUUUAAGGCCGUGCGCUACUUGAGUUGGAUUGUGACGUGAUCGUGGUAGUUAAGCCCGCAGUUUAUCGUUCGUCUCUCGAAGUUUCGUAGCACGUCUUGCAAUUAGCGAUCUGUAUAGUGCCUUUACACCGCACCUCCUCGUUUUACAGUGGUCACACUUUUCGGUACUUUUCUUGAUGAUCAAUGGGAGCUGUCUGCGUGGCCUUUCCGGCGACCCUAUCGCUUUUAUAGUUUGUGCUUGUGAGAUCGGGCUCCAUAUCUUGUUGCUCAGCGCACUUUCAAAAGCCAGGAGUCUGGGCAUCAUGACGCCGUUAUGACGCCUAACCUCCCCUCAGGCCUUCGGCUGACACGACGGCGUGUUUGGGCGUGCUCUACCACGUGCUAGGAAAUAGACUGAAAUUGAGAUGGUAGUAGUUCUCAAGGCGUUUUUAUCCCUCAGGCAUUUGUAAGUUAAUCGUGUAAUUGUUUACAGGAUGGACUUAAACGAACUUCGACUGCUCCGUCUGGAGUUUCUUCGGAAGAAGGCUGAGGAGGAGGCCCAGGCAGCUCUGAAUGUUCAAGUUGUUGCUCAUGUCCCUGAUCCGCCUGCUGUGGUUGCUGAUCCACCUGCUGUCAUUGCUGAUCCACCUGCUGUCAUUGCUGAUCCGCCUGCUGUGGUUGGUGAUCCGCCUGCUGUCAUUGCUGAUCCGCCUGCUGUCAUUGCUGAUCCGCCUGCUGUGGUUGCUGAUCUGCCUGCUGUGGUGCCCAUUGCACCUGGUAUGGGGUCCAAUCCAACUGCUGAUCCGGUCGUCAACCCACCGGCUGAUCCAUCUGCAGUUAUUUCCAAUCCACCAGCCCAUGUUUCAGGUGAUGCAGCUGGACAAAUCUGUACUCUGCCAAUUGCUACGCCAUCUGUCAACAUGCUUUGUGUGCGAGCUGAAGAUCUCUAUGCAUUCUUCCAAAAUCUCACCCGGCCACAUUCAAGCAGAGCGGUCCUUCAGGAGGUACCUCCAAUGCAGCCCAGCAUUCCACUUGAAAGCAGAGUGACGCAGUCCAACGCAGCCGUCGUAAAGGCAGUGACGCAGUCUAAUGCAUCUCCUGAUAAGGCAGUGAUGCAGCCCAGAGCAUCUCCUGAUGAGGCAGUGACGCAGCCCAAAGCAUCUCCUGAAGAGGCAAUCACUGAGCCCAGCGCACCACAAACCAUGCAGCUCAGUGUGCCCUUUGAGGAGUCCAAGAAGGAAGAUAAGGCCCCGGACGUUAUUAUUAUGGAUUCCCCACCCUUUAGAUUGUCACCAACACCAGACAGGUCACCAAGUCCUGAUUAUAGCUGGAUGUACGAUGAGACUCCAGCUCCAGUCAUUCAGUCAGUCAGCUCAAGGCCGCCCUCUCCAGAACAUGUGGAAUCGCUGUCAGCUGCGAAGAAAGCCUGCUCUGCCGCUGAAGAGCAGCUGAAGAGGCCCUCUUGGUCUGAUUACACGUCGAGGGCACAGUCCACAUCACUAUCUCCUGGAACCUCAGCUUCCCAUGAAUGGAAAUUUGACUCUCAAAGAAAUGGACCUGCCACAGCUUCCAGAGUUAGGUUCAGAUCUCCAUCUCCAGAGAAUUCCAGAGAUUCCUGGACCUUCCAUCCCAAGAAAAGGAGCUCCUCUUCAGCUGCUUCAAGACAACCAUCCAGAUCUCCCUCUCCUGGGAAUUCCAGAGGAUCCUGGAACUUCGAUUCCAAGAAAAGGAGUUCUUCUUCAGCUGCUUCAAGACCACCAUCCAGGUCUCCCUCUCCUGGGAAUUCCAGAGGAUCCUGGAACUUCGAUUCCAAGAAAAGGAGUUCUUCUUCAGCUGCUUCAAGACCACCAUCCAGGUCUCCCUCUCCUGGGAAUUCGAGAGUGUCCUGGAACUUCCAUUCCAGGAAAAGGACCUGCUCUGCAGCUGCUUCAAGACCACCAUCCAGGUCUCCGUCUCCUGGGAAUUCGAGAGAGUCCUGGAACUUCGAUUCCAAGAAAAGGAGUCCCUCUUCAGCUGCUUCGAGACCACCAUCCAGGUCUCCCUCUCCUGGGAAUUCGAGAGAGUCCUGGAACUUCCAUUCCAGGAAAAGGACCUGCUCUGCUGCUGCUUCAAGACCACGAUCCAGGUCUCCCUCUCCUGGGAAUUCGAGAGAGUCCUGGAACUUCCAUUCCAGGAAAAGGACCUGCUCUGCAGCUGCUUCAAGACCACCAUCCAGGUCUCCCUCUCCUGGAACUUCUAGAGGCUCCUGUAACAGACCUAAAGCUUCACCACCAAAGUACUUGGACUCGAGGAAAAGGCUUUCCUGUGGUGCAGCUUCAACAGGCCGAUCCAGGUCCAGAUCCCCACUCUCGACCUUGAGAGGAGGCUCCUCAUCUUGGCAGUCACAAGACCCUGAGUUCUCCUUUCUGAAUAUGCGACCCAGCACUUCUAGGGCGAGAUCUCCGAAUUGUAGCACUUCCAGGCAUCACUCUCCUUCCCCAGAAGGCCAGGACGAAGAUCCUGAUUUUGCUCCUCGUAAGAGCUCCAAAGCUUCAAAGCCCACCAAGGUUCCUGCCAGGAAGAGAGGUCGACCACCCAAAAACAAGAAAGAUAAAGAUUCAACAUCAAAAGAAGAUAGAGGAAUAAACUGCCCCAUCUGCAAAGAGACCUCUAUGGGAAAAUUUUCUAACACCAAGUGUGGACAUUUAUUCCACCCCCAAUGCCUGGUUACAUGGGCUAAUUCAGAGAAUCAGAGAAAUCUGGAGUUAAAAAAAUGUCCAGUGUGUAAAUCACAAUUUAAAAUGAAUGAGGUAAACCCUGCAUAUUUUUAGAGUUUUUGUUUCUUCCCUGCCAACUGAAGUUAAUCUUGGUGUCUUUAUUUUUGUAUCUUUUAU